GUUUAUUCGAGCUAUACGACAAUCAGUUUGGCUGUUGUAUGCUGAAGGAGACAAGUCAAGAGAAGAUCUUCUGCACCGGUUCAAUUGAAAUUUUACAUACCGCAGAGGGCUUGAAUCUCCUUAAAGAGAGGGAGAUUUUCGUGCCUCAGUCCAAGCUGGUUUCGUUUGAAUUUUUCAUUUCAUUGUAAUUUUUCAUUUUAUUACUGUGAAUUUCACUAACAAUUUUAAGGAGACUCAACAUGGAGCUUUCAAACGAAAAAUCCAUGGAAAACGUUGGAGAUCUCAACAAGCCCUUCCGCUUCAAGGGAGCCCAUUUCAAAAGAUGGAAGUGCAAGAUGCUCUUCUAUCUAAGCCUUCUCAACGUCUCCUAUGUUCUCACUGCAAAGAAUCCAAACAAGAUCACUACCGAGAACAUGACUGAAGCCCAAGUCAAAGCUCACAAAGAAAAUAUUGAAAAAUAUACAAAAGAUGAAUAUAAUUGUCGACGUUACCUUUUAAAUUGUCUUGCGGAUCAAUUUUAUGAUUUCUACAAUACCACUUACUCCUCUGCGAAGAAAAUUUGGAAAGCUUUACAGAAUAAAUAUGAUACGGAAGAAGCUAGAGCAAAAAAAUAUGCGGCAAGUCGCUUCUUUCGAUAUCAAAUGGUAGAUGGAAAGUCUGUCGCAGAACAAGCACAGGAUUUUCAAAUGGUUGUAGCUGAAGUUCGAUCCAAAGGCAUUAAGAUUGGAGACAAUCUAAUUGUCUGUGGCAUCAUUGACAAGCUACCACCUUCGUGGAGGGAGUUUCAAAAGCCGAUGCGCUACAAACAAAAGGAGACAUCCCUGGAGACCUUAAUUACGCGUAUUCGUGUAAAGGAGGAAGCUAGAGGCCAAGAUGCUUUGAUGGUUCAAAAUGGAAAUGAGAAUUCCAUGACAAAGGUAAAUUUAAUUUCUGAAAAUGGUGGCUUGCCCAAAUGUCAGAUUUCAAAAAAUAGUCAUUUGAAGCCGUAAAGAAAAAAUUUCAAAAAACUUAGUAGACCUCACAAAAAAGAUUUUUCAAAUCAAAAGGAUAAGAACCAAGAACCCUCUUCACAAAUUCAAGCUUGUUUUGUCUGUCGCAAAAGUGAGCACUUUGCUUGAAUUUACAAAUUUCGAAAGCGAGGAAAUAAUCCUCAAGUGAACGUAACUGAAGAGCCACUUGUGGCAAUGAUUAGAGACGUUAACAUGGUUCAAUUUGUUGAAGGGU